AUGACCGCUGUUUUACGCUCACCUACGCAGUCACCUGUCCUCGCCGUGUCAAGUAACUCUUCUUGCUCGCACAUGCACAACGCCAGUGUUCCGAUGCGUCGCAUUAGAUUCGCACCUCUUCCUGAGCCCACCGCUCAAGUUGACAAUUCAAAUCCCAUCAUCGACUCCCACUCGCGCGCACUCUCUUCACUGUCCUCCGACAUCGUAGACGUCCAACGCAAUGCAUCCUCCAAAUCAAAACCAAAGUCAUCCCUUUCCCGCCAAUUCAACUUGUUCAAGCGGUCUUCCACUGACUCAACCGCUCAUGAUCCUCAACUGUAUGACUUUGGUGUCCCACUCUCCCGAUCUGCGUCCAUCCCCAUCCCUUCCAAUGACAAUAAACCAAGAUAUUUCUCCACCGCCCCCUCCACCAACUCCCUUUGUUCAGGUGGUAACCACCACGCAAUGCCCCAGAACCACUUCCCCAGCCCCAGUCCCAGCUCCUUCCCACCCACCUCCCCUUCAACGCGCCCAAAAGUCCCCACAAAUGGCAUGCACAUGCUCAACGGACGCAUCUACGGUUCAAAGCGCCGACCACUCACAAACCUCUUUGCAAACGUGCGCGAUGAACCCGAGUUUGUGGAAUGGGGGUACGGCGGCAUGGGCAGCAUCAGCUGCAGCAGCGAUUCAAAGUAUUCCGCCCUCGCCAAGGGAACCCCUGCCCUACUUUCAGACGGUCACUCCCGGAAGGUCAGUGAUGGUGCUAGAGAAAGGAAAGAUAGCGUGGGUGUAUCUGAUUUAGCAGGAGGUGAUAGCGAUGACGGGAGUGGCAUGGAAUGGGUUCGGAGACGACGGCAAAGGAGAGAAGGUCUCGCCGCGAGAGGCAAUACGUGUUAG